AUGUCACUGUCACUGCAUUUGUCAAAAAUCAAAAUAGAAAUUAUUUCAUUCAAGAGCUAUUUGAUAAAAACAUUGAAAACUAAGUAAAAAAUAUGGGAUUAUUUGGGAAAACACCAGAAAGAAAUCCCAAAGAUAUGGUUACAGAAUGGAAUCAUAAACUAAGGAAAGAAGGCUAUCAACUGGACAGACAAAUUAGAGCUAUUCAACGCGAAGAGGAAAAAGUCAAAAGAUCACUGAAAGAGGCAGCCAAGAAAAAUGACAAGGACACCUGCCUGAUUUUAGCCAGAGAAAUUAUACAUUCUAGAAAAGCCAUAAACAAAAUAUAUACAUCUAAAGCCCACCUUAAUUCAGUAAUGUUACAAAUGAAGAAUCAAUUAGCUACAUUGAGGAUAGCAGGCGCCCUUCAAAAAUCCACCGAAGUAAUGCAAGCCAUGCAACGUCUUGUAAGAGUCCCAGAAGUAGCUCAGACGAUGCAAGAGAUGUCCAAAGAAAUGAUGAAAGCUGGAAUAAUAGAAGAAAUGUUAGAUGAAACAAUGGAAGACCUAGAAGACACUGAAGAAAUGGAAGAGGCGGCACAGAGCGAAAUCGAUAAAGUUCUGUUUGAAAUUACAGAAGGAAAGAUUGGAGAAGCUCCCCUACCUCCUACAGAACCAGCGGAACAGGUUGGGCCUACACCGUCGCGGUCUGUGGAAGAACCUCAAGAGGAUGAAGAGGAAAUUGAAGAAAUGCAAAGUAGGUUGGCUGCUCUCAAAUCUUAAAAAUUAUUCAAUAUUUUGCCUAAUGAAAUAUUUGUUGUGAAUUUCUAGAUUUUACUAUUUGUGAUAUAGUAACAAUGUUUUAAAAAAAUAUGUGUUAAGUAUUCUUAUAAUAUUUGAUACUCAAAUAUAGACAAUUAAUAGUAAAUUUAUUUGUAAAUGUAUUCAGUAUUGUGUUAUCACAAUAUAGUUGAUGGAUUCGACAGUUACUUGAUGGAAGUUCAUUUUACCCAACAAUAAAACACUGAAAACUUUUAUUUUCAAUACUUCUACAAAAUUUAUUUUCACUUAGUGUCACCACAGCUGUUUCGGCAGAGUGCCUUUCUCCAGUGAUUAAGUCUCUAACUGAAUAGGUUGAGGAGUGGGGAGCUGUUUGACUCCAUAAGAAAGCUCUGUAAUAAUUAGUCUUCCUAGCGCCACAGAAAAAACCCAAUACCUUCUGCUCUCUCACAGAUAAAGGCAAAAUAUCACCCAAAAUAGCCAAACAAAUAAAAAAGAACGGAAUAACGCCAGCUUUCAGAACUAACCUCUUCUUCUUGCGGUGCUUUCUCUUUUAGUGGACGUUAGCGACUACACUGUCAAAUCGGUAUCUGUCCAAUGCGGCUCUAAACAAAGAUGUUGAAUCAAGGCCGGUUCAGUCUCUGAUAUUUCUAACUAAUGUCAACUUAAGCAAAUAUAUUAAGAACAAUAAGAGCCAAAAGAAAAAGCAAUUACAGAGUGGUGUUUACAAACUGACAUGUGACUGUCCAGAAACUUACAUCGGUCAAACUGGCAAAACCUUUGACAAACGGAUAGCACAACACAAAAGGGCGUUCAACGAUAGAAAAACAGAUUAUAUGUACGCACUUCUAGAUCAUAAUCAUUCUUUUAAUGAAAAGUUUCAUAUUCAAAAUAGAGGGCUUAAGCUAUCUUUAUUAGAAUCUGUGAGAAUUAAUCAAUUAAAAAUAACGAUAUAAUUCUGAAUGAACAACUUAAGACAAAUAGCUCCCCACUUCUUAACCUAUUCAGUUAGAGACUUAAAAUGCAUGCACAUAGUAAAGUAAAUCACUUGAGAAAGGCCUGCCGAAACAGCUGUGGUGACACUAAGUUAAAAUAAGUUUUGUGAAAGUAUUGAAAAUAAAAGUUUUUAGUAUUUUAUUGUUAGAUUGUUAUAGUUGUGUACCAUAUUUUUUAGCACUUUUUUAACACGCCUUUAUUACACAACAAUCUUUCUUUUGAAUAAGUUUAUUUUGUUCUAAAUGUUCACCUCACCUGACGAUUAUGUUUUUGAAAUCUUAAACUAUUAGGUAGGUACUAAAUUUAUCAUAAAUGAAAGAAACGUCAGCUAAAAACAAAUAAAAAUACCAACAUCGGUAGAGAUCAAUUAAUUUGUGGACAUUCAUAUUUUUGUCACAUACAGUUGAGUCCCUGAGUCUUUACCCGUGCGUCAUCAUUUAAAGCAUACGAAAUAAGUCGAUGAUAAGUCGGAAAUUGAAAUUUACUAAACGCAACAGCAAGUCACUUACUGUCACUUGCUGUUGCGUUUAGUAAAUUUCAAUUUCCGACUUAUCAUCGACUUAUUUCGUAUGCUUUAAAUGAUGAGGCACGGGUAAAGAUUCAGGGACUCAACUGUAUACAAUGCUCUUCAAACCGUAUUUAAAUGCACUGUACUAGUUUUGUGCUCUUGAUAUUAAACAGGGUCAGCAAGAAAGAUACGACCAAACAGAUGGCGGUAUUUAAAAAUUAUUGUUCUCAGAUUAUACAUGACAUAGUUUUUUUUCAGAAUCACUUGUUAUUGUUAAGUUUAUCUUAAAAUUUAUUAUUCUGCAUAAUAUUGGUUUAAACUAUUAAUUUGGCUUAUGAACAAAAUUACUUUAUAAAAAUUAAUUUUAAAUCUAGAAAUUGACACAAUUUUAUAAGUUAACAAUAUCCUAUACCUAUGUAUUUUUAGAUUUCUCUUUUAAGAAAUCAAAUUAAAUGUUUCAGGUUUACAAUAUUCAAUAAAACAUAUUUUUUUAUUAUUAAAAGAAUGCUCUUGAGCUGUAGAUUUUGGUUAUUUGCAAUAUUUUUUAUAGUCUUUCUAAGCGAUAUAUUAUUCGGCGCGCCUUAGCAAGACGAGAAAAAAUACUUUUUAUUAUAUCACUUCCGGUUAAAAAGCUGUAAACGAAAGUGACACAUUGGAGUCACACAAAUAGUACAUGUGAUAAUCAAUGGACGCGUAUUGGAAAGUCGAGCUCGAAUAUUUAGUUUCGGUUUUGAUGUCAUUUCCGGUUAAAAAGUUAUUACCGGAAGUUUGGCAAAAAUGAAUCAAAAUUAGAGAAAUUGUAAUAUCAAUCGACGCAAUACUAAUAGUUCAUAGAUCGACCUCCGUCACGUUGGGUGAAAACCUAGGACUUGUGAAGUCCAAUUGCUGAUUUUCUGGGGAGUCGAUGAUUUCUAUUUUUUCGUAAAUAAAAGAUUUUCGGAAAAGGAGACAGCUUUCUUGUUGCCAAUCUAUAAUCACUGCAUAAUGAGAGAAUUGUUAUUUUAUAUUAAACAAAUAUUUCGGGAGUAAAACAAAAAAACGUAUAUUUCUAUUUAAAAAAAACGGCGCGGGGCACUUGGAAGUGUCGACAGAAUUGAGUAAUUCGUAUAUCGUGUUACUAUUAUAUUAUGUGGAUCAGGCCCGUGCGCAGAAUUCGUUUAUGGGGGGGGGUUUUGACAUAUGUGUAUCAUGUUAGGUUAUGAAGUUAAUAAAAAAUAAUAAGAAACUUUUCUUAUAAAUGAAGACAUUUUAUUGUGUCUUGGUCUUGACUUGAUAUUCAGUUAUUAUAUAAUAAAUUAACUCUGCGAGGUGUAGAAAAAAACUUCUCCAAAACUCUUUGCGGAUCGACCUCGACAUCGCGAUGUAUGUUGAGCGAAGCUAAUCCGUUCAGCCGAUCUUCAGACAUUGUUGACCUGAGGUAAGUCUUGAGGCGACGCAAUGUUGAAAAGGAGCGUUCAUUCGUUGCUGUCGUUACAGGCAGAACUGCCAAAAUGCGAAGCAUUUGAUGUACAUUUGGAAACGCAUCUCCAUUGCACACAUCGAGUGCUUCAAGCGAAUUUUUAACGUUCUUUCCGGCGAUGCGUUGACGCCAAAGUUUGACUUCGUCUACCCAGAUGUCACGGGAAUCAUCCCGCAAAAUUGAAGAGUAUGGUUCAAACAGUUGAGCGCAGGAUUCUUCAUUGAAAUUCUUCAUUUUGUUGGGGAAGAGGCAAGCAAAGUUUGAUAAAAUUUUGCGGUGAUUCAAAAAUCGAUCUUGUAUAUGGGUCAGAAACAAAUCAAUGUAUGGGAUGUAAAUCGUUAUGCGAAAAUAAUCUUGAACUGAAUCAGUUUGUACGUUGGAGCGUUGAGUCUGUUUUGACGCGAGCCUUGGUUUCCGCAGUUCGAUGUCGUAUUUUGCGCUGAUUUCGCUCACGGUUUUGAAAAUUCCUCUGAAGUCCUUUUCGGCGUUUUCUCUUCUUUCAAGCAGGACUUGUUUCGCAGCAUCAGCCAGUUCGAUAGCCUCGCCAAGAUCCUGGUUUUCGGACUGAAGUACUCGACUGAGAGACAAAGUCAAAGAAUGUACUGAGCUCAAAAUAUGCAUGGAGAUCUGGAAAUUAAAUUCAAAGAAUGAAGAAUAUACAAACAUCUUAUAAUAGAGAGCUGGUAACGUGCUAGUGUGAGUCUUGAAUUUUACCUGGAAAUUUGCAGUUUUUAUUGCUGAAAGAAGUUGAAAAGCUCCAGAUGAAGUCGUCGGAUCCUUCCAGGUGGUCGAAAUCACAUCAAGAGCGCGAAUUACUGCUGGUUGUAAGUGCAGAUAAGUUGCGACAGACUCGUGUUGCUCUACCCAUCUGGUUUUGCAAAAUUUUUUCAAUUUCUUCAACCGACUUUCACGUAGCGUCUCAUCUUCAUUGAUCGCAUCUUGAAGAGCAUUUUGGCGUUUCGGAUACAUGAAGAAAGUAUGAAUGCUUUCGAGGGUUCCCAAACAAUUUCUGAUUGCUGUUAUAUUGCAUGCAGAGCUGACUGCCAAAUUAAAGCUGUGAGCCGCACAAUGGGAGUAGAGCGCGAGUGGAUAACGCUCUCUGACAACAGCUUGGGCUCCAUGGAAUUCUCCGCUAACCGCUCUCGCGCCAUCAUAUCCCUGUCCGAGAAAAUAUGUGCAAUUAAGUCCGGAAGAAUCCAAGAAAUUGAGAUAAGAAGUUCCUAUUCCUUUUCCAGUGAAAUCUGCGAUAGUGAUGAAGCACAAAAAAUCUUCACGAAUGAUAAACUUCCCGUCGCUCUUAUCCAAGUAUCGAGUGCAAAUUGAACUUUGUUCUAUUCCUGCAAUGUCCGGUGUCUCAUCAUUUUUUGCUCGAAAUCUCAAGAGAGCUCGGAAAUUUCCAUCAUUAAUUAACGGUUCAUCUUCAGAAAUUCUCCCCGUAUCCCUGGAACCCCGAAGAGCAAGCCCUUGCCGGCCACAAAGAAUAAUUGUUUCAAUAAUUGGAAUCAUGCGUAGUUUACUUUCAUUUAUAAAGUCAAGUUUUUGUUUCGAAAGUUGUAAAUCAAUGGAUAAAGCAUUUUCGUCUUCGAUUUCCAGUCUCAAGCUCCAUUGCAACAGGCUUCUCUUGUGAUAUUCUGAUGCAUUGUGCUUUUCGAAAGUGUCCAGUGCUUUUUUCCAGUUUCUCAAUGGAUUCGUGACUAACUGGCCCAAGGUUUGGCGACCAACCCCUCCCGCUCGAGCACAAAAUAAGACACAGCAUUUGCAAAAUGCACCGUCUUCUCUCUCCGAGUACGCCAGCCAUGAGUAUGUCAGGAGCCAAGAGCGUUGGAACUUCAAAUUUCUAGGGCCCGAUGCGGGAAAACUGUAGCCGUCAGGUGGAGUCCAAAUUUUCUUUUGCAAUCCAGGGAUUAAAUUUAUCCCAUCAGCCGAAGACCUUUGUACGAAUAAUCCUAUAUCGUAUGAACUUAGAUUAUCAUUCGUAGAGCAAACUGGCAAACUCGUAGACAAAAUAUUUAUUAUCAAGUCGGUUUGACUUUCGUAGAAUAAGGACUAUUGCUAGUGGAAAAUUAUGUGGAAAAAUUCUCGAUGGGGGGGGGGGUAGAACCCCCAAAACCCCCCCCCCCCCCCUGCGCACGGGCCUGAUGUGGAUUAAUGAAAUUCUUUGUCUGCUUAUUACUAAAUUGUUAAUUUUUUUUUAAAACCCCCACACAUUUAAGUUUUUUAAAAUUCCAAAACUUUAAUUUUUUUCCUUAAAAAUUUUGCUUAAUAAUUUUAUUAAUUUUCAAAAUGUGUUAAAUUAUAUAGAAUUUAUUCACAUAUUCAUAUUUACAUGUUCAUUAUUAUCUUGUAUUUAUGGUUAAUUACUUGAUUUUGAUUAUCAUUAUAUUCGAAAACUAACACACUGGUUUAUGAUGAAUAAAAUAAGAUUAUUUUAUUUUUAUUUUAUUUAAAUGUAAUUUAAUUUUGUUUGAUUUUAUACUUUAUUCAUUAUCAUUAAGUAUUAUCUUGUAUUUGUUUAAUUACAGUGGAACCCCGAUAAGUCGGCCCCCGAUAACCCGGAAGUCCGGCUAACCCGGACCGAUUUUCAUCAGAUAAACAUUUUGAUUUUCAAUAUUUUGUAUUUUUCAAUUUAAUUGUGGCUUAUUUCCAAUCAAAAUAGUUAAUUAUCAGACAAUCCUUUCAACAAUAAAAGUGUAUGUAAUAUAAUAUUUGAGAGAUAAUGUGUCUAGACUCUCUGUGUCGUGUACUUAUGUGUGUAAUUUGAACACGAGAUUAAAAAUUACUCAUAGUACACGCCGCAGAAACAACAGCCAGCUGUCUGCAGUAUCUAUUCCUUUUUAUUUCAAACUGUCAGCAUUGUUUAGGAAAGACUAUUUAAAAAAUUCUUUUAUAAACAAUGGUCUUUAGUAUUGUGUGUCUUGUAUUGUUUGGGUUUGGUUUUUUUUAGAAUUGUAAUGAGUAGGUAAUAUGUACUGUGCAUAUUUAUAAAAAUAUUUCAUGUUAUUUCAAUUCUAACGGAGUUUAUCUGUAAGUAUACCGUAUUUUAUUAAUUUUUACCAUAUUCUCCGGCUAUCUCGGAUUUUCGAUAACCCGGAUCGGUCGUGGUCCCGAUUAAUCCGAGUUAUCGAGGUUCCACUGUACUUCAUUUGGAUUAUACUUAAAUUUAUUCUAAAAAAUAGGAUGUAUGAAGUCGAUGAUCAGAAUAAUAAGUAUAUAUUAUUAUUUAUAGCACAGUAUACUGCAAUGUUGCUGCAAGCGUCUCGGUCACGCAUGAGAUUAUUUCGGGCCCAUGUAAAAACAUACAGGUAUACCGCGCGAUAAGGAGUAGUCACUUCAAAAACUGACCAUCAAAGUCUGCAAUAAAUUCUUGAGAAUUAUAUGCAUAUUUAAAAAUAGGGGUUUAAUAUCAAAUUCUACUUUUGACAAAAUAACUUAAUUAUUGAGAUAAAUGGUUUUAAUGAAUAUUCUAAAUGACCAAAAUUUACAUUUAGACUGCAUUCUUUGAAAUUUUUAACGCCUUAUAUUUUUGAGAUAUUGUCAAUUUUAUACUUCGCUUUCUAGCAGCUAAGUCACGAUUACAAUUAGAGUAUUAUUAAAAAUAUAAAUAAAAAAAAUCCCCGAGUAUUCGCCUCGCCUGAUGAACGAGAUACCAAAUAAACGAAUUGUUAAUUAGAGUUGGUUCAUCAAAUUUGGCGUUUACAAUAGGUUUGUUCCAACAACGAAAAACGGUUAUGUAGCGAUCACGCUUCUGCGCAGGAAAUAAAAUACGUUCCUACAAAACAAUGAUCCUUCAUCGCAUCGUCCUGCCGAUUGUUUCAAUACUCGGAUAAAUGCAAUACUCGUUGGACUGACAUGCGCAUAAAAACGAUGCAAGCAGUUUCGUGAUGAUUUCUGGUCCGUACAAAAAUUGUGUGUUGGAACUAACCUUAUAUUGACUUUAUUUAAUUUUGCAAAUAGUUUUUCAGCUCUAUAAACCAAGCUUGUUUUAAUGACACUGUCAUAGGCGCCCAUACCCUUGGACAAGGGGGCCCUAGCAGUGGCGGCUGGUCAGGGUCGGCAGUGCCGAACCUGACAUUUAUGGACACAUUAUAGAUUUUUUAAAUAUUUAAUGUAAUCAGAGUUGAUGAUAUUCGUCUCUGUGAAGUCAAAAAAUAUCUGUGAGAUAAUACAGACUAAAUUUUAUUCACUGUUUUUAAAAGAAUUCGAUCGAUCCGAUACGUUAAGUGAUCCCUGUGCGCUGUGCGUAAGAGACUUUUCAAAUUAAUGAUCCUAUAGCCAUGCACCCGAUUGCGAUAGGCCCGCUUCGGCAAGCCGUCCCCAGAUUGACGAUUUGCUUGUAAUAAGAAGCUAUGGAAUAUUAGCCGAUGGGCAACCAAUUAUAUAUUUCCCGUAUUCAUUUGAAUGACAAGUCCGGCAGAUACCAAUCUGCCGAUCGGUGAUCUGCAAAUGGCAGUAACUCAAGGCACGUACCUAGCCACGUACCUUGCUAGUGCGCCCGGGAUGAAACUAUAAAAUAAGUGGUUUUACGUCGUUUAAUUAUUGAUAUUGUAGUUAUUUAAGUUGCCAGGAAUUGCCAUUUAGGGGAAAGGAUGAAUCUGAGCAUUCGUUAAAUCAAGUUAAUUAUAGAGAACAAAUAAAAUUGGUUAACAAAUACGAUCUGGAAUUUUCUAAUUUACUUUCUGUCUCGAAGAGAUUUAGCGGCGUGCCUAAAACAGCACAGAAUGAAAGAAUCAAUUAGUAGUUACAUUUUGAUCCUUUUCGGUAGAAGUAGACGAAACUCCUGACAGAGGUAACACAAUUAUCAAUUAUUCUUCGAUACGCGUUACGUCUAAUAUUUAUCAGAGGUUUUUAGGUUUUCCGACGUGAGUAGAAGCCAUAACACAGAAUAUAUUUUUGGUGUUUUAAAGCACAGAUUAAAAUUUUUUGAUAUCAAAAAUAAAUUGGUAAGGCAAACUUAUGACGGCGCUGCCUUGAUGUCCGGUGAAUUGUAUGGUCUCCAGGCAAAAGCUAUUACACCCCCGCUUUAUUUGCUCGGUGUCAUAAGUCAUUUACCUCUUUGACGAUUCAAAAUUUAAGAGUUUAUUGUACAAAAUUGUAUAUGCUGAUUCAAAUAUUUUCGGAAGGUGAGAUAAGUUAUAAAAUAUGUAUAAUUUUAUGUACUGUAAUUCAAUAGGUACAACAAACUGUUCCCGAAAUUAAUAAAUUAUUGUUCUCAAAUGUGGGCAAAUUCUGAUUCAAAUGAACGGGAUUUCUCUUGUCUCAAAAGAGUCAAAACGUAUUGUCGAAACACCAUGAAACAAGAGAGAAUGUCAAGCUUCUCUCAAAUGUCAAUAGAAAAAAACUUUUAAAAUCUCUCCAAAACAAUAAUAAAUUUUACAAUGACCUUCUAACCCAUUUUGCUACUUCGAAACAACAUAGACUAGAGUUAAUUUAUAAACAGGUUUAGUUUCUAAAUUUAUAGGAAAGAACAAAAAAAAUAAACAAAAACCAAAAAUCUCCUAUGAAAUUGAAGCCUUUUAAUUAGAUGGCAUACCUAUCUGAGGAGACAAAACCUUGCCGACCCUGUCCCUAAAGCCACGAGCCGCCACUGCCUCCUAGCUUUUGGGAAAGAACAAAAAAUUAAAUUUGUAUUGUAUAUACAUAUAUAGACAAACGUAUUUUUGUCAAAAAAUAUCUACCCUACCUAAAAAAUUUUAUAUGGGCGCUCUUGGACAACGUAGUUAAAGAAGUAAACCAACCCAUCAAAUUAAAUGAAAUGUUGUUUUGGAACCAACUACUUUUAUACCAAUAAGAUUCAAUUGAAGAAAAUUGAGACAAGCUUAUCCAAAUCAAGAUCCCAAUAAAACAUUUUAUUUCUGCAACGUUUGUAUCAUGCCAUUCAGAAAUUCUGGCAUGGGGUAAUUUUAUAGUAUUUUCUAGCUGAGCUAUGUUUAUUUCUGUCACCAUUAAUCCUUAAUUGAGUUACAAAUGUACCUACAAGGUUUGACAUCAAGUAUCCAAUAGGGGAUAGUUUCUUUGAAGGAAGUUUAUAAACUCACUAUAAACACGUUUAAAAUGUUUGCUGGCGAAGAAUACUCUGGAGCGCAAAGAACCAACGAGUCUAUUCUGACAGCUGCACGUUAGAAGUAAGCUUCGAAACAUUGUGACCGAAAAAAACCACCGCUUACUUUGGUAAUGUGGUGAGUAGAGAUGGUCUGAAAAAACUGAAAUUACAAUAGGAUGGUGCAAGUAGGGAGUAGUCGGGGAAGAUCAGUAACAAGGUAUGUGGACCACAUUACAAAAGAGUUGUCCACUAAACCUUUGCUUCAGAGUUGCGGAGGGUAGAGAAAGAUGGAGAUAGUUUAAGAAUAACCAUUGAAAAUUCAAGAUGGCACGAUGUUUGAAUCGGACGACUGACUAGCCAUGACGGAUAUCAUGGUUAGACUAUAAUCGUAAAAUCAUUAGAUGUAUGGUUAUGAGAUAUUAAUUAUUGCACCCUCUAGUAAUAAUUAAUAAAUGAGACACCAAGAACUACAUACAUGACCGGCACCAAACAAAAUGGAAUAAUUGAUAACACAUUGGGCAUAUAUUGGAACAGUUAGAGUUGUGCGAAGUAAAAGGUUAUCUUUAUCAGGUAAUACAUACCUACCUAAUGACCAUAUAGUAAAAGUCAGAAUCAUUGAAAAGAGAACAAGGGUAAGGGAAAGUGAAAAAGAUUAUGAAACUUACAUAUAGUCAUAAAAUAAAUAAAUAAUAUCGGCGAAAUAACUAACAAAAUGUGAUUAAGAUUUUUUAAUUUUAUACAUAUAAAGUUGACAAAAGUUAAGAAACAGGAAAACGCCUAGUAGACGUCAAUAAGAAUGUCAAAAAAUUGAUAAAAACCCAAAGCUCCAACAGUUUAUUCGCGGUGUGCAAGUACUUGGAAGGGAAACGAGAAACGACCGUGCGCGAGUCGCGGAGAAAUAUUGCAACUAUCUUAAAUAAUUCAUAUUGUCAAUUGAAAUUGUCAAAUUGACGUAUAUUUCAUACCUUCUGUCAUUGAAGCAGAAAAAUUAUAUAUUGCUCCACAAUAUUGAUAUGAUAUGCAAUUAUUAUAUAAAGGUAAAUUUAAUUAAUUGUAUUUUGAGUGCAGUACUGCAUUUUAAUAACUAAUUUUAUUUACUACAUACAAUUGUUCACGUUUUCAUAACAUAACCUGAAUCUUAUUUUUUCUUCUUACUAUUUUUUUGGACUAUGGCCUUGACAAUUAUCCAGUAACCAGGACUAAUAUAAUUGGCCAAUAUAAUUAAAAGUGCGAAUAAAAGUACAGAGCGUAGAAAUAGGGGUCGCUUUGCCGAACUUUCACGGUCCCAAUACUGAAAAUUUAAGAGAGGCAUUGUAAGAAAAUCAUUUCGUUGCGUCAGACGGAUAUCAAAUUAGUUCAAUAGUUUGUCUUAUAUUGGCGAGCAAAAGUAUUUUAUCCGACAUUUGAGAAAAACUAUUUGAUAAAAUUAAAUAAAGAAUUUAUUUAAUAGUUUUCUUUUUAACCCAUGUCCCCACCAUCAUUUUUUUAAUGUAUAUUGUAUAAUGUUUUAUAUUUAUUCUUAAGAGUAUACUAGUCUAAAAGCACUAUUUUUGUAACAAAAAUAAUAAAAAGUAUAAAAAGGUACUUAGUUAAUUUGUAUAGAGUCUAAUACUCUAAGGCUGUUUUUGCUAAUAUGCUUUACAAUGUAAGUAUAGUGAGAAAGUAAUAUAUUUAACAGUUAUUAAUCAAA